AUGCCGGGGCCGGGGCCGGGCGGGCGCGGGGCCGGGGCCGGCGGUUCGGGUCCCGGGGCCGGGCCGGGCUGGGGCCCCUGCGCCGCCGCGCUGCUGGGCUGCCUCGGCCUGGCCUGCUGCUACGUGGGCAGCCUCUACGUGUGGCGCAGCCCGCUGCCCAGGGACCACCCGGCCGUGAUCAAGCGUCGCUUCACCAGCGUGCUGGUGGUCUCGGGGCUGUCCCCGCUCUUCGUCUGGCUCUGGAAGGAGCUGGCGGGCGUGAAGCCAGACGUCCCCCUGCUCGCCCUGCUGGGGCUCCGGCUGGAGGGCAUCGUGCCGGCCACCGUCCUGCCCCUGCUGCUCACCAUGGUCCUGUUCCUCGGACCCCUCACCCAGCUCUUGAUGGACGGCCCCUGGGACUGGCUGGCCGGGGUCAAGGUGGUGCUAGGGCCGCGGUGCUGGGCGCGGCGCGCGGGCGACGUGCGCUGGCUGCGCAACCAGGUGGUGGCGCCGCUGACGGAGGAGCUGGUCUUCCGCGCCUGCAUGCUGCCCGUGCUGCUGCCCUGCGCCGGCCCCGGCCCCGCCGUGCUCGCCUGCCCCCUCUUCUUCGGCGUCGCUCACUUUCACCACGUCAUCGAGCAGCUGCGCUUCCGCCAGGGCAGCGUGGGCAGCAUCUUUCUCUCAGCAGCGUUCCAGUUCUCCUACACAGCCGUCUUCGGGGCCUACACGGCCUUCAUCUUCCUCCGCACAGGGCACCUGGUGGGACCAGUGCUGUGUCACUCCUUCUGCAACUCCAUGGGCUUCCCGGCCCUGGGCGCGGCCCUGGAGCACCCGCAGCGCCUCCUGCUGGCCGCCUGCUACCUGCUGGGUGUGGCCCUGUUCCUGCUGCUGCUCCACCCCCUCACCAACCCCGCCUUUUUUGGCCACGCCCCCGUGUGCGCUCUGGCCGCCCCCAGCGUCUCCGUGUGCUCCUGACACCUGGGUCCCCGGCCCCCCUGCUGCCCCCCGGACCUGCACAGUGUUUUUAUAGUGCCCCGCUCUCGGGGGCUGAGAGAGAGUCUAUAUUUUUACGAUUAAAGGACUUUAUGCUGCUG